AUGGAGCGGCUGGAGCGGUGCGGGCGCUGGCUGCGCGGCGCGCUGGCCGCGUGGCGCGUGCGGCCGCGCCUGCCCUGGCUGCUGCUCGCCAUCGCCCUGCUCGGCUCCGCCCUCAAGGACGGCGAGCUCGUGCCGCGGACGCCCAUGCAGGACAAGCGCAACCCGCUCAACGUGUACUUUGUYAAGUUGGCUUGGGCCUGGACAUUCUUUCUUCUGCUGCCCUUCAUUGGAGUCACUACCUACCAGUUCGCCCGCAGCAAGUUCCUCUACGGCCCCACCAAGAGCGUCCUGAUCGUGCUGCGGCGUCUCAGCGCGCUGCUGGUGGGCACGGCUGUCUGGUACGUGUGCACCCGCCUCUUCAUGUAUGUUGAGAAUCUCACCGGCGUGUGCUCUAUCUCAGGUGACCUCCAAGAGCCUCGCCGGCUCUACGCCAACAAGCAGGAAUGCCACCAGGACAACGGCAUCUGGAUUGGUUUUGAUAUCUCGGGGCACUGUUUUCUUCUCUCCUACUGUGCUCUGAUGAUUGUGGAGGAGAUGGCUGUGCUGGAAGGCUUGUCUGUAGACCAGAACCCUAGGCUACGUGUUGUGAUCAACAGCCUGUUUGUUGCCUUGUGUUUUCUAACCAURAUCUGGGUGUUUAUGUUUUUAUGUACUGCUGUGUAUUUUCAUGACUUCAGCCAAAAGCUUUUUGGUGUACUGAUAGGUCUGACGGCCUGGUAUGGGACAUACAGAUUUUGGUAUUUGAAACCUUUUUCUCCUGGACUACCUCUCCCACAUAUUCCUUUGAGUUCAAAGAAAUACAGUUAUAGCAGAUAAAUACAGGUUUUAAAGUUUGGGGGAUUUUGUUUUAAAUACUAAUGUAGUUGAAUGUAGAAAUGGUUACAGAAUUUCCACUAUAAGGAACAAGGUGACGAGCUGGGGAAGAGAAAAUCAAAUCCCUACUAGCUGAUCUUCACUGACUGACAGAUAUUAAUGAGCUGUUUCCUGGCAAGGGAGAAAAAAAAAAUGGUGUUGCAAAAGCACUGCUCUUAGUUGGAAGUUAAUGUCUGUGUUGCUGACACACUCUGCUAAGAAUCAGAAGUCAGGCUGUUUCUGUGGUCAAAAAAUGGAAAAACAAAUCCAUGACUAACAGGGUUUUGCUCUUAAGAGUUUAACUGAUCUCAAAUUAUUUCUCCCCCUACCCUUUCAGUUUUAUUUUUGUCAAAACACCGUGGAUGAUCCUUCCCCAUUUUUUCUUGCUGUUAUUUUUCAAUACUCCUCCUUGUUUUGCCUUAGGGAAAGCUCUCAUGACAGUGCUGCCAAGUGUUGCAAAAGACAAUUAGCUACCAACAUUCACUUGGUAAAGCAGCAUAUAGCUCAGGUGUGAUGCCACGACAUCUCGUAUUACCAAGUGUUUAAUAUGCUAACUUGACAUAAAUAAUCCUUAGCUAUCUCUGAAUUUUGAGGUGAAGGGAAUGAAUCCGAGAUUUGGUUUUAGCUUUAAAUUCAUGUCUGCCUUUGAAAAGGAAAAUAAGUCUUAUUUUUUCCUUGAAACAAUGUAUUUGAAAUAAUAUUAUCAUUUUUAUUCAUGACACGAAACCCCUAAAYUCUUCCCAGUUCCAGUAAAGUAGAAAAGAAAAUUAAAUCCUCAAUUCUUGUAUUAAUCUUUGGAGUUGUGCACUUUGCAACCAAGAGUAUUKCCUGGUGAGUUUCUUCCUGAAGAACAAUGAAAUCUGGUGUAAUGAACUUGUUGGCUUAACCACUUUUUUUCCUGAAUAUCCUGCUUGGUAAUGAAUGAGCUAAGAGCUGCAAAGCAGUAUGCUUAAAGCAAUAUUUAUUCUUACUUGCCCAGCAGUAUCAGUAAGCUACRUUAAUUUUGAUGGCACACACUUUUGAUGUGGCUGGAAAACACUWUUGAAUAAAACACUACUAUGGUGGAGUGACUUGGUAUGAAAUCGAAUGUUUUUUGUAAUUGUAUCAAACAAUUUUUAUCUUUAUGGGCUUUUUAUUAUUUCCUGAAAGAUUAUUCAUGUUGCAAUUGCACAAAAUUUGUUUGACAGUUGUAGUGAUGAGCCAGACAACCAGAAGUUUCUGCAGUGGCAGUCUCUGCAGACACUGACCGUAUUGCGGUCAGUGUCUAUUAAUUUGAUAGCCAAUCUAAUCAGGCUAUAAAGUUUACUUCUAAGUUGAUUUUAAUGAAUUUAGAGUAUGAUGAGUGCCAUCCUGUAAUCCUUUUGCCAUCACAACAGCUCCUUUCCAGGAAGCCUGGAAAUUUGGGAUAUUUGUAAUAAAUAUAAGUGUUAAUUUCUUGUUUGUGGCCUGCUUCUGAGGAAUGCUAACCUGCCUUGAAUUUCCAUUGAAUUCAGCAGUAGGUGGGACUUGCAGUGCAUCCUCAGAGAGUACAAAUCAUCUCACAGAGAGGAAAAAAAAUGCUGUUCUUUCAGGAGGUUCUAGAUUUUGUAGUGAGUUCCUCUUUUUUCAUCAAGCUGCCUUUUAAGUUGCCUAUGUGGAAAAUGUGCACUGAUAUAACUCAUAUUGGGUUUAACUAAAAUUGUGUUUAAACAAUGCUGGUUCCUUUGCAGACRUUCUUUCUAGUUAAGCUAGCCAGUAAGUCACUCUCAUCCAGAAAUAGGAUUAUAUAUGCAGAAGAUUUUCUAAUUAAUUACAUGGAAGUUCUCAUUUUGGGUUAUUUUAUGUACCUUUGCUACAUAGACAAGGCCUAUAAAAAGGAAGCGCUAUUUAUUUAUUUAACCAGCGGGCUUGUAAAAGUUCUCUUCAGCUCCACAAAUACGUUUUGUGCAAUCACUAUAUGGAUACUCCAGUCCAUGUCUAACUAGCCUUAUACAAAUUAUUUAUUAUUUUAAUAGUGUUGGAUAUGGUUAUUCGCACAAUUUAAACAGCUAAUUAAAGACACGUGAAAAAAUUACCAAGGGUUUAGUCUUUUUCUGAAGUCUGUAAAGAUGAUGMUGCUGCUGUGUCGUGCCCUGAAUGAUCCAAACUCCUGAUUUUCUUGUUAUUACUYAAGAACCUGAUUGACCUUCAUUGAAAAUUCUGCAGUGCUUGCAUAAUAUGGCACAMAUUCUUGAAAGUACAGGGCAUAAAAAAUGCCAAACAAAGAUUUCUAAUGUGCCCUUGUUUUGCCAGAGAGUUGAUUGUUCAGACCUGGGUUCUGUGUAACAAAGCAAAAGUCUAAUCCAUUGAAAAGAAGAAAAAUCCUAUGCACUGUAAGACGAUUUUAGAGUUUGGAAGACUUGGCCUGUAUUUGUUUUUUGGUACCCAGACAUCACAAAGUAACUGCUAGCGUAGAGCAGCUCCCCAACCCCUGCGCUUUUAUUUGCACUUUUUGACUCUGUUUCAGAGUAAGUCACAGUUUCCUUGCGGUUUAACUGUUUCUCUGUUUGCGUAUUUGCCAUUACUUUUGCUGACUCACGUUCUCCUCCCACUGCUAAUGUACUUCUGUAAUUAAAAUAAAAAUGUGGCCUCUGAUGGAUUUUGCAAUCCCCCCUUCCCCCUCCCUCCAAAAAACAGUGGUGCUCUGAAUGGCUGGGUCUGAUGCCUUCUGCCAAGGGGACAGAUCUUUUCUUCCAGCUGUUAACAGUUAUUGGUAAUCUGUUUUAAGUGUUUAAAACA